AUGAGGAGGGUGCUGCCCGGACACGCCAAGAUCUCCGAUGAUGCAAAAGAGACCGUUCAGGACUGCGUGUCGGAGUACAUAUCGAUCGUCACCAGGGAGGCCAACCGGCGGUGCCAGCUCGAGCAGAGGAAGACGAUCACCGCAGAUGACGUGCUCUGGGCGAUGAGGAAGCUCGGCCUGGACGACUACGUCGAGCCCCUCAGCGUGUACCUGCACAAGUUCAGGGAGGCCGAGCAGAUGCCGUCCCCAAGGCCUGUCAUCCGGAAGGAGGCCGGACCCGUGAGUGCCGGUGGCUUCCUCCGCCACCCUCGUCACCUCCAGCAGCUCCCCCAUGCCAUGCGCGGUGGUGGCAAUGGCGUCGGCGGCGCCUGCAGUGGCGGAGGUCUUUUCUACAAAGACUUUGAGAACACCGGCGGCCCUGGCGGUGGAGGCAUGUUCUGA